AAUGAAUCAUUGAUAAUACACACUGCAAUAUUAAAUAAAAAUCAAGAAUAGUUUGGAAUAGUGAGGAAGACGUACAUGAUAACAUUGAAACACUCUUAUGAUUUUGGUCUCUGGAGAGGACUGUGGGUGAAUGACACAAGAACAAUCAAGAUAACUGCAUGUGAUUUGCUUUAUUUACAAGAAAAUACAAUUUACACACAUGAAAACACACACAAAAACAUGUAUUUACAGCUUUAUACAACUAAGCAAAAAGAAAAGUAAUAAAUUGAAAUAAGCCACAAUAAAUAAAUAUGAAUUUAGCAACAGAAAAUUUCUCAUUUGGCAACCCUUCACACUGGCCAACAAUUGAUUACUGUCAUUACUUAAUUUGUGUACAAAUAAAUGAAAAUUAAUGAAGCUAAAGCCGUUUUGUUUAUACCUUUACUCUAGUUGUCAAGAUCUAAUUUUUAACAUUUUUAACAUCAGUAGCACUUUAGUUUAGGGUUCAAAUCUCAUUAUUAACUAGUGUAUAUUACUAUAAUAUAAUAUUGGCUGUUUAUUAGUACCUAUUAAGCACAUAAUGUAUUUUCUAAUGUAUAUUCUUAUUCUGCAAUGAUGAUAUUAUACAUUCAGAGUUUAUUGAGGCUAAAGUUGUAGUUAAUCGUGAGAAUUGGACUCUAAACUAAAGUGUGACCACGUUUCCUUAAUAAUGUCUUAGUAAAUACAGGUCAGUGAGCUUAAAUCUUUUACUUUUCAUCAUCAUCAUCAUCAUUAUCAAUGCAUUUCUUUUACUAGAAAAAACACAUUAUUUAAUAACAGAGUUAAUAUAGCGCUUGACAUGAAGCACAAGGACACUAAAGGAAACGCAGGCUAUUGUUAUUAUCUGAAAUCUCUGACAGCUCGAGCAGUAAAGCCGUCAGUGAAUCACAUUUAUCGAGUUGGUUUUCCUUUAAACGCUGUCAAACAUCCAUUGAUCGUAAGGUCAGGCCGAAUCCACACACACAUUCACCGCUUGUGGCUUUGACGUCAUGCUCGCUCUCACGGUAACGCGCGCGCGCGCCCCCUAGCGGGCGUCAUCGCGCUCCGUGACGUCACUUCAGCACCGUAGAGGAGAAACAGCUCCUUCCGCUCGACUAAUGGACCCAAAUCCGUGAUCACGCAAUCCAGCCGAUGGAGCUCGACCCGGACCGGACUGAAACACACACCGAGCCCCGAGGACAGCAGGCGCGCGCGCGGUGAUCGAGCAGAGAGACGCGUUCACCGCGGAACCGAGAGCACAACAUCGGAUCCCACCCGUCACUUGACAACAGCAUCCUCCAGAGACACGGUGUGUUGAAGAGCAGUGGUGCUCCGGAGUGAGUGGUGAGGGCCACUUUUCUGAAGGGUGGGUAACUCGUGGGCCACCCUCACCCCUUCUGCCCCCAUGGCUUGUGUCCAUGAGCAACAUGCCCCUUCCCCCUCCCUCUCAGGGUUCAGCACCCCGCUCUCUGAUCCCCCCUUCUGCCGGCCGGAUUCGGAGGUGCCGGCGAGCACCCCAGACACUGAACUCACCCCGACCCAAUGCGUCCUCCGUAACGUGCUCUCCAUCGACCCCGUCGGAGGCGGCAGCGGCACUCACACCCACAGCAACAGCCCCACCCUGAGCGACGAGCCCACCAACUUCUCCAACAGUGUGCUGAAGCUGCAGGAGGGCGGAGCCGAGGGUGGAGCCGUGCGCAACCAGGCCGACAGCUUCCGGCUGCAGGCUGGCGGAGGAGGCUUUCUGGAAGGCUUGUUCGGAUGCCUGAAGCCAGUGUGGACAAUGAUUGGGAAAGCCUAUUCGACAGAGCACAAGCAGAGCCAGGAAGAAUCCUGGGAGGUGCCGUUCGAGGAGAUCUCUGAGCUGCAGUGGGUGGGCAGCGGGGCACAGGGGGCGGUUUUCCUGGGCAAGUUUCAUGGUGAGGACGUGGCUGUGAAGAAAGUGAGGGACAUCAAGGAGACUGAGAUCAAACAUCUGCGCAAGCUCAAACACCCCAACAUCAUUACCUUCAAGGGCGUGUGCACGCAGGCUCCGUGUUACUGCAUCCUCAUGGAGUACUGCGCGCAGGGGCAGCUCUACGAGGUCCUGAGGGCCGGCAGGAAGAUCACGCCGUCCCUGCUGGUGGACUGGGCCAUGGGCAUCGCCGGCGGCAUGAACUACCUCCACCUGCACAAGAUCAUCCACAGAGAUCUCAAGUCACCAAAUAUGCUGAUCACACACGACGACCUGGUGAAGAUCUCGGACUUCGGCACGUCUAAGGAGCUCAGAGACAAGAGCACCAAGAUGUCGUUUGCCGGCACUGUGGCCUGGAUGGCGCCGGAGGUGAUCCGCAACGAACCCGUGUCCGAGAAAGUGGACAUCUGGUCGUUCGGUGUGGUCCUGUGGGAGAUGCUGACCGGUGAGAUCCCGUAUAAAGACGUGGACUCCUCCGCCAUCAUAUGGGGCGUGGGAAACAACAGCCUGCAGCUUCCUCUUCCUGACAGCUGCCCGGACGGCUUCAAGAUCCUGCUCCGACAGUGCUGGAACUGCAAACCCAGGAACAGGCCGUCGUUCAGGCAGAUUCUGCUGCAUUUGGACAUCGCCUCUGCAGACGUGCUCUCCACCCCGCAGGAGACGUACUUCAAAUCACAGGCGGAGUGGCGUGAGGAGGUGAAGCAGCACUUUGAGAAGAUUAAGUCGGAGGGCACGUGUCUGCACCGUCUGGACGAAGAGCUGAUUAACCGGCGACGGGAGGAACUCAGGCACGCGCUGGACAUCAGAGAACACUACGAGAGAAAGCUGGAGCGGGCCAAUAAUCUCUACAUGGAGCUCAACGCCGUCAUGCUGCAGCUGGAGCUCAAAGAGAAAGAGCUGCUCAGGAGGGAACAGUGUCUGGAUAAGAAAUAUCCUGGUCUGUUCAAACAUCACCCCUCGACCACAGUGGACAAACUCAUCAAGAAGAGAAGCGUUCCUCAGAAACUGCCGUCUCACGGCAAGAGGCCUGAUCUCCUGAGGUCAGAGAUCAUUCUCCCCAAGAUGGACGCUGGUGUGCUGCAGGUGACCGUCCCGCCCUGUUCAAAUCGAGGACCUACCUCACCUAGUCGGGCUCGCAGGGUGAAAACCCGUCAUCGGAGGAGCGGCAGAGGAAGCAGUGGGGAUCUCUCAGGGCCUAAGCACCCUUCUGCCCCUGCUAGCCAAGAAAGAAAGCCCACGCUGUCCAACACGACGACGCCCGCUGCGCCCCUCACUGAAACGGCUUCAGGGGCCACCAUGAGGGAGGGCCAACUGGAGCCGCCCCCGCUGAAGCUGUCCUCGUCCAGCCCGGAUCUGCUGUGCUCAACCCGUCACGUUGAAGAUGGAGUCAGUGGAGCCACCACGACCGAAGCCCUGGGCAGAGAGACCAGUGGCGGGGCAGAAGCUGGGGCCGGUCUGGACGAGACUCCACCCAGAAGUGACACGGCCAGUGAGGAUGCCGCUUCACUGCCGUUCUCCAGCAGCCCUGAUUCGCCCUGCUGUGGCAGAAGUGGAGCGGUGGGCAGAACCCAUGCAGAGGAGAGAGAGGAGGGAACCGGUGCGGUGCGAUUGCCUAGAGGAUCCAGCGGAAGUCAUCUGACUCCAUCGGCCAUAUUGUAUCGAGCUGCUAUCACUCGCAAACAGCGACGUGGCGUUUCCUCUGAAGAAGAAGAGGGUGAAGUGGACAGCGAGGUGGAGUUACCAAGAAGACGACGGCCGACCAGUAUAACCAAGUGCCAAUCAGUAUCCACUUUCAGCUCAGAGAACCUGUCCGUCUCAGAGGGAGAGGAGGGCCACACCACUGACCACUCCCACAGUGGCACGCCAGAUGUGGUCAGUACCAACACAGACGAGCGUCUGGACGACCGCAGCGAUGACCUCAUCUCCCAAGGGUCUGAGAUCCCUGUGGAUAUUACAGACCCCACCCUGUCUGAAAGAGAGGCCGCCGCCCUCGAACAGGAGAGGGCGAAUUUUGAUCUGGAACAAAAUAUCCUGGAGACUCGCGCAUUAUGUGAGGACUCGGACUGUGACAGCGCUGAACUUGACCAAUCAGGGAGCGGAGAGCCGAGCCGUCCCCCGAGUGCAGGAGGCUGGGGCCAGGGGCCCCAAAACUGAAACACACACACACACAUGUGAACCCGUGCAAUCAAGCACACACAGGCAUCACACCAGCACACACUUUCACUUUUGGUUGCACCAAAGCGAAACUGAUUUUCGUGAAACACGUGUGCGCACACAUCAUCUGAGAAAUGCAGCGAUACGACAGUAAACACAAAACAACUAGCCACCUAAAGAACAAAUACACUGACACACUGGUCAUAACAACUUUGGGAUCGCAAACUGCCUCAUGACCAGGACGUAGCCACGGAAAAUAUAGGAAGACAAGUAGUGCAGCAAACCGCUGCUAGAGACGAGGAUUGCAGGAACUAUGUGAAAAGAUCAAUGCAAUUAAAAACUUCAGGGCAUUCCCAAAAAGCAGCAAUGAUGCUUUCGUUAAGUUUGCGCUAUUGUCGCGCAGAUAGACUUCCUGGUGCUACGAGAGUGCCGGAAUAAUGUCCGUUAAUGCGUGGAAGGCUUGUGGUUAGCAGUAUGAUUUGAAGUCAAAGAGUCUAGAUCGAACCUGAAUGUGUAGAGCCGGAUGAAAUCUUCCUCCUUCGGCCUGGAUGAAGUAGUUUUGCCAAAACUGUACCCCAAUAAUCUGUUCAGACAUGACGUAAAUGAAGUGUGUUGCUCUCGGAUUGGGACUGACUUCACUACUAUGUACAGAUGCUUCCUUUCCAAAGCAUUUACAAGGUGCAUAUACAAAUGUGAUACUAUAAUGCCCUGAAUUUAUGUAAAUAUAUAUUUAGUAAGUUAAGUCUAAGAAUAAAAAAGAAAACUAUUUGUUGACGUAAUUUAACAAGAAGACAAUAAAAACGGUCCAGUUUCGACUAUUCUCCUGUGCUUGUGCCACCCGACCACGGCAGCUCAAAACGGUCUGUAAAUGUACAGUCAUAUAGUCAGGUGCAGGACCUUUGGAUGCAAGUAUACGCAAACACAGACUGAACGGCACAUAUAAAUGUACACGAUCUAUGAUACGGAGAUAUCUGUUCCAACCGUUUGCUCUCCUCUGACCUCUCGGAUUACCUUUCAAUACUUUUUCUUUCGUAGGGACAUGCAAUAUGUACAUUUCAACUAAUCUGAAGAAAGCACUUUUAUUUUCUGCACUGUAAAAAUAAAGUAAAACAAAUAAAUGACAAUAAAAAUAAUGUAUAUGAAUUUUAGCUUGCCAGAUGUAGGUCUGAGAAGGGUAACGUCCUGAAGAACAAAAUGCAUGAUAUACAUUUUUAUGUAUUUUAAUUUUUAAAUCGAUUGUUUUUAUACAUCUAAAGAAAUGUUUGCACCUUUUUUACCUUGAAUGUGUAAUGUUGUGUUGCUUGUAGGCACUUUACAGUAGGAUGUUUAUAUACAUGAUCACUUUCUCAUGUUGCACUGAAAAUGUAUUUAAUGAUGGUUCCAUAGAUGCAAAUCUCCAGUAACAAGAGUAUGUAUGUAAAGACAACCUUUAAAAAAGUUUUUGACGAUAACACCUUGAACCACAUCUUUUUUUUUCUGAUGAUGUUUCGCUCUAUUCUGACUGAAACUCAGAAGUCCUCAAAUUGAUUAGCAAUAAUCUGACUAUGAAUAAGAAAUUGCUAUGUAAAGAAAAAAUACAUUUUCUGGCAUAUUCGCUAAAAGCAUGAAUGAACUGAGAUUACUGAAAUCAUGUAAACACCUCAAUCCACCAUCCUACAGCAAACCAUCUGAUGACACCUUUUAUGUUUGUGAACUUGUAAAAAUAAAAAUAUAUAAUUAUUAAA